GUGUAUUUUAUGUUUUGGAAUUUUAAUGAUAGCUUAAAAAUUUGAUUUUUAAUCAUUUUAACUGCAUACUUAUUUUUACAAUGAACUAUGUAUAAGAAUGUCAAAAAGAGAAUAUAUUUUUCAAAGCAAAAAUGUGAAAAGUUAUCCAAAUUUGAGAACAACGGUAGUUCGCAUUUAUUAAAAAAUAAUAAUUAUUUAAUAAAAGCACAAAAGAACUAUGAUAUUUAUUUGAAGAACUACAAAGAACUGCAAAGGAGUGUUGUUCAGAAAUAUAUUCCGGAUUUUGAAGAUGUGAUUUAUAAAGAUUAUGAAACAAAGUCUGAAGAAGAAGUGGAAAAAGACAAGUCAAAUCAUUCAUAUUCUGAAAAGGAUCGGGAAAACAUUUUUAACAUUCAAACUAAUAUAUCUCUGAGCCAAAAAAGUGAAACUGAUAUGUACGAGAGUAACUAUGAAUCAAAAUCUGAUACCUAUGUUGAUGUAACAGGUUCAGCUUCAACCAUUAGCAUUUUAGAAAAAAAGAAUGUUAUUCCAGUCCCUCGUCGUGAAACCUUCAGAGAACCUUAUCCAAUUCAUGUAGUUAAUCUUCAACUGAAUGUCAAAAGGACAAAAGUUGUCAAAAAACUUCCGGUAAAAGUAGUACAGAAGGGAAAUUUUUUUGAACUCACGUGGUGAAUAAAAGAAAUAGUUUUUCAGAAAAUUGUUGAAAAUUCUCUCUUUGUUAAAAAUAUUACUGUUAUACAAUUUUUUUUAAUUUUAUGGCAAAUAAAUUUAGAUUAACCUGGCAUUAGUUAAUAAAACAUUUUUCUGUUUAUUCAUUAUUUGCGUAAAGGAUAAAACUAAUUUCGCGAUGUAAUCAAACAUAGCGAAAUU